AUGCUACGCUCACUACUCUCUCUAGGUCGGACUUCGGACAACUACUUCGUGCCUCAGGUGGAUCCAGCGCAAGAUGGGGCCGAUUGUCUAAAGGACUGCGCCGAUUGCACAAUCCAAUUCCCUUCUAAGGUGAAGGUGGAAAAUUCGAGGCCCCUUUAUGGCCACAUUAAAGCGUUCAACGCACACGUCCUCGUUGCGACGGGGCAAUCCGACUGGAAAGAGAAGGUCGAGCAUGAAAAGGGUACCCUCGCGAACUCGGGGCUCGGGCGAAUUAUGGUUUCCGCAUCGAAUCUACACAUCCCGGAGCAGGAAGCUGGCGAACAAUCAAAGCGCACAUCAGUGCUUAUUCUCCCGUCUUUCACAUUUGUGGACUCCGUCUCCCAAGCCGACGUGCCCAGCCUCGUCCGUAGAUAUAUCGAUAACGCAAGCGACGAGAAAAACGGUCACAAUGGUUCUGCUAUUCCAGAUAGCGGGAUGAGUGCUCGACCGUGCGAACUAGACUACGUGGUUUUGCUCUGUUCACACCGAAGACGAGAUGCGCGCUGUGGAAUUACGGCUCCACUAAUCAAGCGCGAGUUAGAGAGGCAUCUUCGGCCCUUGGGAUUGGAUCGCGACGCAGACGAUUCUCGGCCUGGUGGUGCAGGAAUCUUCUUCGUCUCGCAUGUUGGCGGCCACAAGUUUUCUGCAAAUGUACUUGUGUACCGGAAGAAAGAUCAGCAAAUGAUCUGGCUGGCGCGCGUACGGCCGGAACAUUGCGAGGGAAUUGUCAAAUAUACUAUUCUUCAAGGGAAGGUGGUUCACCCCGAUACACAACUUAGGGGCGGGUUUGACCGCGUAAAAGGGCUGACGAGUUGGUGA